AUGCUUACAACUUACAUUGAAGGGCAAACACCGUUUCCUCACUUUGGUUAUGUAUUUAUGUUGGAUGAUGUUAAAGUUUUGUAUUAUGAUGGUGAGACAAGGACCUUCAUUAGACGAGGAAAUACAACAAAUGAAGAUGAAGUGUUUGAUUCUGCUGAGCUACUUACCAUAAAUGAUCAAACAGAAAGAUCCUUCAGGGAAAAAUCUGCAGUUGUAGCUCAAAAAUUAAAUCAAACAGAUGGUCUUGUCUUUCAAAAGCUGCUUUUGUGCGAGCUGAAGGAUAAUGGUGAACCAGGACAAAUGGUCACACGGUUUGGUUUUCAAGGUUCCACCAUAGAUGAGCUGCAGUAUCUUGACAAGACGUUUACAUACGAUAGUACUACAAAUGAGACAGUUCAGAUGCUAAAAAUGCCUCUUGAGAACUCAAAGUGGCGUCAUGAAAAAGUGUGUUAUCCAGUUUGCCUACAAAUUCUUAAAAAUUUCCUGGAAAAAAGGGGAAACCAAGUAAAUAGAAAAGUAAAACCCAAAGUCAGGCUCCUCCAAAGUGAUCUUUCUUCUGGGUCUCGGGUUAGUUGUCUGGCAACAGGAUUUUACCCUCGACACAUCAAUCUGACCCUGUUUAGAGAUGGACAGCCUGUAUCUGAUGAUGAGAUCACUGGAGGAGAUCUGCUGCCCAAUGAUGAUGGGACGUACCAGAUGAGGAAGAUCCUGGAGAUCCGUAAAGAAGAACAGGGAGAGAAACACAAUUACACCUGCACUGCCACACAUCUCAGUCUGGACAACAAACUGGAAGUUAAACUUGAAUAUGAUCAUGGGACACCAUUAAAGCCAGUGCUUGGCUCAGUGCUUGGCUCAGUGCUUCCAGUUGUGGUAUUGGUCAUGGUGAUUGUGGUUGCUGUAGUUAUAUGGCGAGUGCGGAAAGCAGGUAAGAUGUGGGUAAAAUUUGUAAAUAUGAUCUAA